GGUCGCGCACUUCAUUUUGCAGGAUUUGCUGCAUGUUUGUACUGAGAGCAAGGCUGUGUGAAAAAUACACGUAGCGGGGGAUAUACAUAAUAACAGUGCUCCAAAUAAUAUUUCGUUGUUUUUUUUUUUUUCAUUUUCUUUUAUCGAAUAAAACCACUUCAAUAAGUGGUGAAUGCCCCGAGGAGAGAUUUUAACUGUACAUCACUUGGUGCGAUUAUAUUAAAUUCAACAGAGAAAGCGGUUGCCAUGGCAGCACAUUUGGCAUCUCUCCGUGGUCUGCUUUCGGAUGAGGAGGAGGGCGGUGCCGCAGUGUUCGAGUCCACGGCCGCGGACAUUGGAGGCUUCCCGGGGCGCUGCGGCGCUGCUUUGCCCGAGGUCUCGCUCAUCUUCUCUGGUCCAGAAACUCGCAAAACGGAAGCUGAGCAGGUGAAGUUGGGAGCCGGCCGACAAGAGAUCGUGGAAGGUGACAGAAGCUCAGAGAAGGUCAAGGUGUACCUGCGUAUUCGCCCGCUCGCCGAGGGGGAGAAAGCCCGGGGAGAGGACCAGGGCUCCGUGUAUGUCCAGGAUGAGGAGACCCUGAUUCUUCGAGCCCCUAAAGACUCCUUCAGCAUGAAAAGCAGCGAGAGGGGAGUCGGCCAGAACAUGCACAAGUUCACUUUCACGCAAAUUUCUGCUCCUAAUACGACGCAGCAGGAGUUUUACGAGCGCACCAUGAAGGACACCGUCCGGGACGUCCUGCGUGGAGAGAACAGGCUGCUGUACACGUACGGCGUCACUAACUCUGGGAAGACCUACACCAUUCAGGGCACGGGACUGGAGGCGGGUCUGCUUCCCCGAGCGCUGGUGUCCAUCUUCGGCAAGCUGCAGGGUCGUCUCUACGGCGCCAUGGACCUGAAGCCUGUCCUGUGUCAGGAGGUGCGCUGGCUGGACAGCAGCGAGGUGCGGGCUGAGGAGAUACGCAGAGACUCCCUGCUGAAAGAGGAGGAAGGAGCGACUCCCCAGCAGUCCCGUCUCCGAGGAGGCGUCAGCUACGACAGCGGCUUCGGCGGCGCCUCAUCUAUCAGCUUCACGGCCACCCAGCUGGAGGACUCGGACAGCGUGUGCCUGGACGUGGACAGCCUGUCCCACAGCGGCGGGUCCGACCUGGAGGAGGGGGUCCAGUUUUCGAUAUGGGUGUCAUUCUUCGAGAUCUACAACGAGUUUCUGUACGACCUGUUGGAAUCGCCGACGCUGCAGUCCAGGAAAAGGGGCACGCUGCGGCUGAGUGACGAUCGUCACGGAAACCCCUACGUCAAGGAUCUCACCUGGGUCCAGGUGCGCAGUGCCGAGGAGGCCUGGAAGCUUCUGAGGGUUGGCCGUCGAAGCCAGAGCUUUGCCAGCACCCACCUGAACCAUAGUUCCAGCCGCAGCCACAGCAUCUUCUCCAUCCGCAUCCUGCACAUCCACCCCGAGAUGCAGCUGGGGAAGGGUACCCGGAUCAGCGAGCUGACGGUGUGCGACUUGGCUGGCUCCGAGCGCUGCAAGGACCAGAGCAGCGGCGAGCGGAUGAAGGAGGCCAACAACAUCAACACGUCGCUGCACACGCUGGGCCGCUGCAUCUCUGCCCUGCGGCACAACCAGUCCAACAAGUCUCGGCCUCCACUGGUGGUGCCGUUCAGGGACAGCAAGCUGACGCGGGUGCUGCAGGGCUUCUUCUGUGGCCGCGGGCACUCCUGCAUGGUGGUCAACAUCAACCCCUGCGCCUCCACCUACGAUGAGACACUGCAGGCCCUCAAGUUCUCAGCCAUCGCCACGCAGCUGGUCCAUGGGCCGGCCACCAAGACGCGCGUGGCCUACAUCCAGGCCCUGCUGCGUGAGCAUGCCAUGCGGGCGGGCAACACCACGCUAGAGGAGGGGGAGGAAGACGAAUGCAGUGAGGAUGAGGAGGGCGACAUCACCAUGUUUGAUUCAGAGGCACUGCUGCGGGCCAUCGAGGUGCUGAAGGCGGAGGUGUACAGACAGAGGAGGGAGAAGGAGGAGCUGGAGGCCACCGUGAGAGAGCAGGUCUGCAGCGAGAUGAUGGAGGUCAUCAUUCGCAUGGAGAAGGACUUCAGCGAGACGCUGGAGACGGAGAGAGCCCUCAUGGAGGAGAAGUACGAGGAGAAAGUCAGCAACCUCCAGACAAGCCUGAAGCAGUUCUACACUGAGGAGAUAGAGGACCGUGAUGAGCAGAUCGAGGUCCUGACCGCGGCGCUACGGCAGAGCCAGGCAGCAGCCUCUGGCGAAAGGGAGCAGCCGGUCUGGCAGGACGGCCCUCGACGCUCGCAGCGCCUGGCUGCCUCUUCCUCCACUUCUUCCUCAUCAUCAGCAGUCGGCGAGCUGAGUAAGGUGCGAGCAGAGCUGGAUCUGUGCCAGGCACAGCUGCUGGAGAAAUCCCAGGAACUAAGACGUCACCAGGCCCUGCUCAGCCUGCCCGCCCCGACAGGCACCCUGACGGCCACCGUGGACCGCAAGCUGCAGGACGGACAGAAGAGCCUGAGGCAGCUGCGCGUGGACCUGCAGCGGCUGGGGCUGGACCUGCAGUCGGCGGAGAGGGCCUGUUGCCGGCACACCGGUGCGGAGAGGCUGCGUCACGUGCUGGCUGCCGCAGACGACACGCUGGCCAAGCAGUGCCAGGCCAUGGCUGACCUCCAGAACAGCCUGCUCCUGGUGAAGAUAGACCUGCGCAAGAAGACGGACAGCCUGGCGGAGAUGCAGGCCCGGCUGCCCCCGACUCCCCCUGUGGUCCCCAGCCCGGGCUCCUGUAAGAAGCGAGGCUGCGGGGGCGCCGGACCCGACUGCGAGAACCAGCGGCCGGGCAAGCGGGCCCUGUUCCACUCCCUGUUCACCGGACGUACCCAGCCACCCCGAACCCCCACCUCCAAGGCCACGCCCUAUUCCCGAGUCCUGCGACUGCGCCAGCACUCCCCCCCGACCGGCCGCUCCCCCCAAAACGCAAACCGGCGCUUCGUUUAACAUUACCGCCCCCUUCUGGUCGUCCAUGCUUAAACACCUAUUGGCAGAUGGUGGAUUCUGGGUUUUUUUUCUUAUCUGAUUACAAAGUCCAAAGGAAUAUUACAUGCAUCCAUCUGCCCUUUCGUGUGUUUAGUGUAUAUACCCUUAAAACCUGUUUACUAUGCAGACCUCAGGUUUUCAUUGUAUUAACCAAAGGCAAACCGUAUCCAGCAUAAGGGAAGGUCUUUAGCAUUUUCUUCUUUUUUUUUUUUGCCAAGGCAACCAUCUGUUCAUGUGUUGAAAACGGAUCCGGCGUUCUACAGAACAAGUACCUUACUGAACUUUUCUGGCCUUUAUCUGCGCAAACACUAAUGAUCUUGCAGGUCCUUUAAUUUGCUGAAGUAAGCCUCUGCAGCCUUUUGCGAGUCCCCUGGGGCCUUCUAAAGAUUUGUAUGUAUGUUAAGCACAUACAAGAUCAUUUUCCUGAGUCCUACACAAAGAGCGGUAGUAAUUCUUUUUGCGUGGCUCCCCAAAGCAGGACUGAAAAUUGCUGGCAGGAUCACGGGUUUUGACUAAUGUUCCAUAACCAGCGAAUAAAUCUAUGCUAUGAUUUCCUUUACAGGUAAGUCUUAAGUAUAACAGCCUGUUUGUCCAUUUAAGUACACUCCGCGCUACAAGUACAGACACUUUUAAAUAAUAGAUGCCCCAAGAAUCUGGGACCAGUGUGGCCAGUUCAGCAGGGAUUGUAAGAGACAGACGAUGUACUUUUUAAUGGCAUUCUGUAAGAAAGAGGAGAGCGAGUAUUCAUCAGGGCUGUGGGUUGAUGCAGUAGGAUUUCCUAGCUUCUACAAAGCAAUACUACUAGACUGUUACAACAGGAAAAUAUGUGUAUGUAUUUCCCAUGUCCAUCUAUUAAUCUUUUCCAGAUCAUGGUUUGUCAUGGAAGUGUGUUACUUGGAUACAGAGUUGGUUGAUGAAUGUUUGUGUGUUAAUUUUUUUAUGUAACGUGCAAUUGUAGGCUGCCUUUCAGCAUUAUAUCCAAUCAUUCAUAUGCAUGUGGUCAUCUUGCUUACUUGUGCAAUAUGCAUGUAAAAUACUCCGAUCUCUGCCAUUGUUUAUCAUAAAAUCUGUGAAGCUGG